CCCGGAAGUGGCUCAGCGGCGGCGCGCCCCGGGCUGGGCCCGCGCUCCGUCCAGCUCCUGGCACCCCGGCAGCCCUGGCACGCCGGGCGGGGCCUCGCCAUGACCAGCGAGCUGGACAUCUUCGUGGGGAACACGACCCUUAUCGACGAGGAUGUGUAUCGCCUGUGGCUGGAUGGUUAUUCGGUGAGCGACGCGGUGGCUCUGCGAGUGCGUUCGGGAAUCCUCGAACAGACGGGCGCCACGGCAGGGGUGCUGCAGAGCGACACCAUGGACCACUACCGAACCUUUCACAUGCUCGAGCGCCUGCUGCAUGCACCGACCAAGCUGCUACACCAGCUCAUCUUCCAGAUCCCUCCCUCCCGGCAGGCGCUGCUCAUUGAAAGGUACUACACCUUUGACGAGGCCUUUGUUCGGGAAGUCCUGGGCAAGAAGUUAUCCAAGGGCACCAAGAAGGACCUGGAUGACAUCAGCACCAAAACAGGCAUCACGCUUAAGAGUUGCCGCAGGCAGUUUGACAACUUUAAGCGAGUCUUCAAAGUGGUGGAGGAAAUGCGGGGCUCCCUGGUAGAUAACAUCCAGCAACACUUUCUCCUCUCCGAUCGGUUGGCCAGGGACUAUGCAGCCAUUGUCUUCUUUGCCAACAACCGCUUUGAGACCGGGAAGAAAAAGCUACAGUAUCUGAGCUUCGGCGACUUUGCCUUCUGUGCUGAGCUCAUGAUCCAGAACUGGACCCUUGGAGCCGUCGGUGAGGCCCCCACCGACCCAGACUCCCAGGUGGAUGACAUGGAUGUGGACUUAGACAAAGAAUUCCUCCAGGACUUGAAGGAGCUCAAGGUGCUAGUGGCUGAUAAGGACCUUCUGGACUUGCAUAAGAGCCUGGUGUGUACUGCCCUCCGGGGAAAGAUUGGUGUCUUCUCUGAGAUGGAAACCAACUUCAAGAAUCUGUCCCGAGGACUGGUGAAUGUUGCUGCCAAGCUGACUCACAAUAAGGACGUCAGAGACCUUUUUGUGGACCUGGUGGAGAAGUUUGUGGAACCCUGCCGCUCUGACCACUGGCCACUGAAUGAUGUACGGCUCUUCCUGAAUCAGUAUUCAGCAUCUGUCCACUCCCUGGAUGGCUUCCGGCACCAAGCCCUCUGGGAACGCUAUAUGGGCACCCUCUGUGGCUGCCUCCUGCGCCUCUAUCAUGACUGAGGCCCUCUCCCUCCAUCCUGAACACAGUGACAAUAAAAUUGCCAUGAGUUUGGA